AUGAAUACCACCCUCUAAUUACACUUGCCAAAAUUACAGCAAUUCAUUUAGAAUUUUACAGAGGACAAGAGUUCAAUAGAUUUAUCAAAGCUAUAGAAUAAACUUGAAUUGAGAAUCCAAUAAACUUCAAUUUCUAUUAAUGAAGUACUCCACUUUUAUGAAUAUUGUCAAUCAUAGUAUUUUAGUUUUUUUUCAAAAAUUAGGGAGUUCUUAAAAAUGCAUAGCUCAAGGAAUUGGACAGAUGAAGAAUGGAAAAUAUUAUUAUGGGUAACAUAAUAGUAUUGUUUAUUGUAUUCAAAAAGCAGUGAUGAAUUUGUAAAUCAAUAUAAGUUUAAUUUAGUAAGGAUAGGAUUGGAAUACUAUAUCUGAAAUAAUAGCAUUUAAAGACUCAUUAAAUUGUUAAUUUAAAUGGUUAUCUCACUUAAGAAUUGCUCCUUAAAAUAAAAAUUGGCUACCUGAAGAAGAUAAAUUGCUCUAUAAAAUAAUGACAAAAGAACCAAAUAUAAAGUGGUUUGAAGUGUAAUAUGAAAUGUUUAUUUAAUCGCAAGGAAUCUAUUUUAGAAAAGCAAAAUAAUACAGAGAGAGGUGGAAUAAUUAUCUGAAUCCUUAAGUAAAUAGGUAAAAUUUUUGGUUUAUCAUUCUAAGAGGUAUUUGGACUGAAAUUGAUGAUUAUAAUUUGUUAUAAAUUACAUUAGUAGAAGGAUUGAGAUGGUCAAACAUAUCAAAAAAAUUAAAAAAUAGGACUGAGAACUAAGUUAAGAAUAGAUUCAAAAGUAUAAUCAACAAAGAGAAAAAGAUAGUCUAAAUUCCAUCUGAUUUACUUUAAGAUCACUAAGAUGAUCCUCUAAAACAUGGAUUAGAUAAAAUGACUGAAUUUCUAAUUCAUUCAAUUCUAUGUAGAUUAAAACCAGUUGAAAAUACAAAGAACUCUAACAGUAUUAAUCUAUAAGAACAAUAAAAUUAUAAUAGUGAAUAAUCAUUCCCUUAAAUACCAUAAUAUUCUUAUAUGAUACCCCCUCAAUAAUAUUACUUUUAAUAAUUUCCAUAAAUACCUUAGAUUUAAUAGAUUUAAACAAUACCUACAAUACAACCAUAAUUAUAAACAAUUAAUCCUAUUCUUCCUUGUUAAUAAUAAUAAUUAUAGGGAAUGAAUAUAUAGAUUCAAUAAAAUUAAUCUUUAAUCUCGUAAUAGCUUAUUUAAUAACAAUUAAUUCAAUAAUAAUAAUAAUAAUAGAUGAUCCCAAAUUUUUAUUAAGCCUAAUAUAUUCCUUAAUAAUUUAUUUAAUAAUAAUAAUAACAAUUUAAAUUCAAUUUAUAUUCAUCUUAAUAAAAUACACCAACCAAUUCAAUAGGAACACUUAGUUCAUAACGUUCUGAUAAACUGAUUUCGGAUUAAAUAAAAGAAGAAGAAAAUAGUGGAUCUUCUUCAAAUAAAGAACCUAAAGUAUAAAAAUUGGUUUGUGUAUCUGCAUAAUCAUCCAUUAAUGGUUCAACAAGUUCGGUGAAUUCAAUGGAUGUAAUCAAACAAAAUUUCAAUAAUAUGCAUAUAGAUUCUGAAUAAAAUAGCCCAGAUCCUAUUUAAAAAAGAAAACAUUAGCGUUCAUAAUCAAAUGCCUUUGAUGUAAAUAAUUAAGGAAAGAUUAAGACUAAGAGAUCGAGAUUCUUUUAUGCUUCGAAUGAUGGUUGA